AUGCCCUCAGCCAUUUUGGCCGUGCUGAUGAUGGACUGGGAAUUCGAGGAGGCAGGCGAGAGCUUCCAAGAAGCUUUGACCGAAUCCGACAAAGACAUCGUCAGCUUAUGCAAUGGCACCGGCCUUUUGAGCAUGAUACUUUCAUCAAUACAUUCAGACCACAUUGUGCAGCCCGUAGGAACAUCACUUCAACUCAUUCAUCACGCUGUAGGGCACGACCGUCAAGGAAAGCGAAACAUGUUCAUCAACAUUUGGAUACCCAAGCAAUACCAAGCAAUGCUCUCACAAGCCAUCGCGAUUCAUCUCGCGCGAUCAAUACAUCAAACGUGGCUCGACUCUAGCGCUCCAGCGCGAAUUGGUCCCAGACGCCUGAGAUUUUGGUUCAAAUUCCAGUCAAACGCCAUUUUCGUAGAUCAAAAACAACCGGUCCAUAAGUAAAUCGCAAGCAAGGAGUUCUACCGUAGUAGCAGGCGGUUUAAUCCAGCUCCAUCGCAUGAGCGGCGCAGCCACCGAGAGGUUGACUGUAUGCCUCCGUGAUGGCAGCGGUGGCCUCAUUCUGAGACGCAGUGAUAGGGUCAGUCUCAGCGCGAAGGACGCCUCCAGGCGCAGCAAGCUCGAGCGCUGGCAGCAUCUGUAGACGUGGGAUAAGCUGAGAUGGGUCGGUGGUGAUGCGGCGUGCUUCGGUGAGGUCGUCGGAGAAUACCAGAUACUCAUGCUGACCGUUGUGAGCAUUGAGCGCGGCGACAAUGUAUCCCGGGAUGGAGCUGUUCUCAAACCAGACUGCGACUUCGGUAAGACCUGGGUAAUGGUUUUGAAUCCACUUCGAGUAGGCUUUCUGGUUGAUUUGACGGGCCUCGGUGGAGUCCAUGCGGCAGAACGAGAUCCCUAGACGACGAGUUGCUUCGUCGACUAGAGGCUCGUCGGUGGCUUCUCGUAUGGAAGGUGGAAGGACCAGUUGAGCCAGAUCAUCUGAGCCAGCAGUGGAAUCCAUGCGCUGCGACUUGCGGCUGGUCACGGAAGGCCGCUUCGCAUGAGCGAAAGGCCUUCGUUCAGACUGUUCUUCGACCCAGGUGCCUGAUUGAGAUUCAGCACAUGCUGCAUAGCCGGGAUCGUCAGGGUACAGGAUUGUCAUUCCCGGUCCAUAGAUAGCCUUACCGCCAGGCUUGAUGGAUUCUUGGUUGGCAGGCGUGACUAUUGAGCCGUCCUCGGGGAUCUCUUCGUCUUCCUCGUCAGCUUGAGAGAACAUGUCGCCGCGAGACCGCUUGCGACCGGCCAAAGCGCCUGGAGUUGCAGCUGGAGCCGAGCAAUUUGAUGCAAACGCGUUCGAAUUAGCGAGGCCGUUUGGCGAAAUGCCAUUGAGCAUGGGAGCAUUGUUGCUAUCGUUGUGUUGGAUGUAGUGGCUGUUGACAAAAUACUGGUUUGGUGCUGCUGGCGGUAGAGCGACGACCGGUGAGUUCUGGUAGAAGCUGUUCGAAGACAUCUUGGCGGUGUAUGAAGAAGCUGGGUCAGUAUCAAGAUCUAACAACAUCAAUUGCUUAUCCUGCUGCAAACGUCGAGCUGCAAGCAAUGCAGGUGUCUGCUGGCCACCUGUGGUUGUUGAAUAAAUGCAGUGAUGGAGGAGUGUGGUCGGAGCAGACUGCUGGUGGAUUGAGGUAAAGUUGGGCCAGUGUGGUGUGGCCUGGCAACGAGGUAUCGAUUGAUGGAAGGUCUGGCGACGACAACGAGGUCGUAAUGGAUGGUACGAUGAAGAUCUGGUGGAGGAGCAACGAGAACUCGAUUUAGUUGUGAUGAUGAGAAUUGGUGGUGUGAGCAGCUCCGCGAGUGUGUGAUGAGGAUGCGAGC